ACAGUCGACGAGUCGACAGUGAAGUACAAAUCAAAAUCAUUCCCUAUUUGUCAAACAAAAAUGAAAUUACGUGUAUUAUUAUUUACCCAAGUAACUUUUUAAUAAUUUAAGCCGAUUAUUGCACUGUUAGUACGUAUGUACACCACAAAUAACCAAUAUAUUCUUUGUUUCCCAUGAUAACACAGUUCUAAUUUCACUGUUAGAUGCAUUUUACAUGUUUUUAGUGGAAUCAUUACUGGAUAAAGUCCUCUCCCAUAAUUAAAUAAAUACUUAAAAAAUGGAGGCGGCUCCCAAGUUACCGAUGCUCUCGUUCGAGUUAAAUACUUGUACAGAGAACGUCCACUUUGGCCCCCAGUUAAAACAGUAUAUUGCUGCUUUUUAUGGUGAAGAUCCAGAAUCCUACAUUACAGAAAUCAGCAAUCUUGAAUCCUUAAGAUCAGCUGCAGUUCGACCAUCAACGGAUGUAAAUGGUGUACAACUGUUGAAAAAGUAUUUCUGUCAGCUUCGUUUUCUCAAAUCUAGGUUUCCCAUGGAAGAGAAUCAAGAUGCUGCAGUUCUAUUUUCAUGGAAAAAUAAUGAAUUAGACAUAACUUCAACAUCCAGUGAUAUCAGAUAUGAAUUAAUGGUAAUAAUGUAUAACAUUGGAGCCUUACACACUUUUCUUGGAGCCAACGACUCAAGAAACAAUCCGGAUGGUAUGAAAAUGGCAUGUACUCAUUUUCAAUGUGCUGCAUGGGCUUUUCAAAACGUAAAAGAAAAGUACCACCAAUUCAUAUCAAACAUCUCAUUGGUAGAACUGGUUCAUUUUUUUCAACAAGUCUGUUUAGCUCAGGCUCAGGAGUGUAUAUUAGAGAAGAGCAUGUUUGACAAUAGGAAACCUACCAUCAUUGCAAAAGUUGCUAUCCAAGUCUACAGUUAUUACAGACAGUCUCUACGUGUCUUGGAAUCAGUAAAUGAAGCCUACUUUAGGGAUAAAACCUACAAGGAGUGGAUGAAAUAUCUUCAAUUCAAGCUGACCUACUACAAAUGCAUCUCGUUCCUAUUCCAAGGGCAACAAGCUGAGGAACAACAGAAAAUGGGAGAAAGGGUUGCAUUCUAUCAAGCUGCAUGUGAACAGCUGGACGAGGCAAAGAAAAUUGCUGCUACAUUAAAAAACCAACACCACCAGCAAGAAAUAAAUGAGGGACUAGCAUUCACUACUGAUGUGGUUGAAGGUAAAAGAAAAGCAGCUAAAAAUGAAAAUGAGUUCAUCUACCAUGAAUCAGUGCCUGAUAAAGACCAAUUGCCAGAGGUUAAGGGUGCUUCAUUAGUCAAAGGAAUACCAUUCAGUAUAAAUGAUAUAGAAGUUUCAGGGCCAGAUAUUUUCUCCCGAUUGGUCCCAAUGGAGGCACACGAAGCAGCUUCCUUGUACAGCGAGAAGAAAGCUCAGAGAUUAAGACAGAUCGGGGAACUUAUUGAAAAUAAAGAUCAAACAUUGGCUGAAUUUAUGUCGUCAAUGCAGCUAGAUCUAUUGACCAAGAUGCACCAGGCUACUGGAAUACCGCAGGAGUUGAUUGAUAGAGCAGCGGCUCUAUCUGCUAAACCUAACGCCAUUCAAGAUCUUAUAAGUGCUAUGGGAAAGCUAUCUAAUAUAUACCAAGACGUUGAAGCAAGUUUGAAUGAGAUUGAUUCUUUAUUAAAGGCCGAAGAACAAAGUGAACAAAAGUACCAAGAAACGAUUGGUAAAAGACCACCGAGCAUUUUAGCUACAGAUUUAACAAGGGAAGCGGCAAAAUACAGGGAGGCUCAUACUAAAGCGAACGACUCAAACCAAACUUUACACAGGGCGAUGAUGGCUCACGUGGCUAAUCUGAAAAUACUCCAACAACCGCUAAAGCAGCUGCAACAUCAGCUGCCCUUUGUCGAGUUUCCAAAUCCAAAUAUCGACGAAAAAUCUUUGAAAGAUCUGGAAGCGCUAGUUGCAAAAGUAGACGAAAUGAGAACCCAAAGAGCCAUGCUAUGGGCUCAACUUCGAGAAUCUAUUCACCAAGACGAUAUUACAAGUUCCCUUGUAACGAAACAACCAAAUCAGUCGCUGGAACAGCUGUUCCAGCAAGAACUUCAAAAGCAUCAAAAUCUGAUUUCGUUGAUUGAACAAAACACCUCGGCACAAGAAAACAUUAAGAGCGCCUUAGUCGAUUCUUACGCUUACGCUGUAAAUUCAAGAAAAUACAUCCAAGAUAUACUCCAAAAGAGAACCACAACCAUAACGUCACUGAUAGCAUCGUUCGACUCUUACGAAGACUUAUUGGCAAAAGCUAACAAAGGGAUAGAGUUUUACUCAAAACUUGAAACGAACGUAUCCAAGUUACUGCAAAGAAUAAGGAGUACCUGCAAAGUUCAACAAGAAGAGCGAGAUCAGAUGAUGUCGACUGCGCAAGUGCCUCAAUGGGAGAGUCAUACGUCACUUGCCGCUCCUAAACUGAAAGAUUACUUGGACUCCAGGAAGAAGAGUGCUGCGUAUUCGGAGCCGAGUGUUCAACCACAACAGCCAACUUUAAGUUACUCAGCUGCUAUGGAUCUGCCUCCUGGUAUUAGGCCGACUCCAGUUGGAUCAGAAAUAACGGAUGUACCGAAAAAUAUUCAAGGUGAACCACAAGGUUAUAUUCCAUAUAAUUACCAACAACCUUCUGUUCCUGCCUCACAGAAUAUUGAUGAAGAGACUAUUAAAAAAAUGAACGCAUUGAUGCCAGGUGCUAAGACGUCAGUGCCUAGUCAGUACGGAUACAGCAACUAUAUUCCACCAACAUACCCUCAAAGUGCGUACCAACCAGGUAAUCAGUCUUACGGAAAAGAAACUCCAGAUAUUAACUCACCGUACGACCCUACCAAGGCGUUCACGGCUACUACUAACGCUUAUCGUUCGGUGCAGAGCUCCUCAACUCAAGGAUACGUACCGUACGCAGAAUCUAACGUUUCGAAUGUUGACAGAGUUGGAUAUCCUAGCAGGUAUCAGUACCAACAAGUACCUGAGAUAGCUACUACUCCAGCUGAUCCCAAUAUUAAUGCGUACUACCCACAUGGGUACUCACCGAGCCAGAAUUUACCGAAUGCUAAUACUCAACAUAUUACCGGCCAACUGAAGUACCAUUCGGUGGAGUACGCUUCUUCUGUGCCGAACAACAUCAAUUAUAACAGCUCUACCUACUCGUCGCCGCUUUCUAAUAUGUCUAGUACCAAUUCCUCAAAUCCUAGUAACUUGAAUAAUUCUUACGAGUACUACUAUGACCCGAAUACCAGUAGUGGUGCAGUACCGAAUGCUUCAAAGCCUCAACAGUCGAGCGCCAGCUCUGCAAACCCGAGUACCGCUAUGAACAACUACAAUUAUUACUACAAUACAAGUACCAGCGGUAGUGUAGCAGCGGAUACUUCAAAAAUACAACAACAACAACAGUACCCAGGUACUCAGAUGAGUCAAGCGCAGUACUAUCCCGCCAAUGCCAGUUAUUACUCAACCAGUACUUACAAUACCAACGUCCAAGGUGGUACCAAUCCCUCGUACGCAACUGGACAAACAUAUAAUCAAGUGACACCAGUGACCUCUCAAAAUGUUUCUCAAAAUUACAACUUUAACCAAGUUGGUUCUGGAGCAGGACACCAGCAUCAGUACUACUCGUCCGCUAACGCCGCAGUACCAUCCCAACAAGCUGUAAAUAACAGUUCAUUACCAAACUACGGAUACGAUCAGUAUUACGGCAACAACUAUAAUUCCAGUCAACCGAGUACCUACAGCGCAAACCAAGCACCUCCUGCAGCACAAGCUGCUCCAAGUAAUAUUCCUGCUGCCACCAAAUCCUCCUCUAAUGUGGAUCUGCUCAGUGGCUUGGACUUCAGCAUAAGCCAAGCUCCUCUAGUGCCUCAACAAAACAUUACGAUAAAACCCCAAGAAAAGGAAACAAAACCACCGGCUGUUUCUUCUGAAACCAAAAACCAAGAUCCAACACCAGUAACCACGCCCAAACAACCCACUGGACCAGAAGUAAAGCGCUUGUACGUCAAAAUCCUGCCGAGCAAACCCUUAAACAACGAUGAUGUGAAGAAAUUGUUCGGCCAAGAGCUGGACAGGUAUGAGAAGUUCGUGGAGACCUUGACCCACAAAACUUUGAGCGGUCCGACCACUCUGGAUAUUAAAUGGAAGGAGAUCCAAGACCAGCAGGAUUGCGAGCCGCAGAAGAAGAUCAUUUCCGUCGCUAGAUGUUAUCCUAUGAAGAAUAGGUUCCCGGAUAUCUUGCCUUACGACUUUUCCAGGGUGGAGUUGUGCGAUAGUAAAGAUGAUUAUAUCAACGCUUCAUACAUUAAGGAUAUCUCGCCAUAUGCUCCGUCAUUUAUUGUUACACAAGUGCCGUUGUCUUCAACUGUUGGUGAUAUGUGGACGAUGAUUAGAGAACAACAGGUCGAACUGAUCCUCUGUUUGGUAAACGACAAUGAGAUCGGUGAAGAUAUUUACUGGCCCAAAGAAAAAGGCAGUAGUCUUAACAUACUUAACAUGGUCAUAACGUUGCAAAACGUUAUAGUUAAGUCUCAUUGGACUGAAAGACUGAUAGCGAUAAACUUACCUGAAAAACGGGAGUCCCGUGUGAUAAUGCAUCUACAAUUUACAUCGUGGCCUGGCAGCUUGUUUCCAACAAAUCCUGAACCGUUCGUCAGCUACACCUUGGAAUCCAUCAACCUAUACCAACAACAGAAGACCAACACCCAUCCGGUGGUGGUCCAUUGUUCAUCUGGCAUAGGAAGAAGCGGCCUGCUCUGUUUACUGACAGCUGCUAUGUUCGAUGCUGCCAACAAUGCUAACUCGAUACCAGAUCUUACAGCUUUGAGUAUCAAGUUGUCCAAUUGCAGGAAGAAUAUUCUCAGAGAUCGAGAGCAUUUGAAGUUUGGUUACGAAAGUUUUUUGGCGUAUAUUAGGCAUAUAGUUUGUGAAGAUAAAGCCAGAAAGAAACUGAACGAGAUCCAGCCCAAGGUUAAGGAGGAACCACUGGAACCACCUGUCAUAGUUCCAGAACCAAAUAUAGAUCCUUUAAGUACUUUAGACCCAUUUUGGGCUAGUAAAAGAUAAGCUUUACAUAGUAAAUAUUUAUACAAUGAUGUAUUAUUAUUUUGAAUGUUAUCUACACCUUCAUUAAUAUUAAAUUCCCUGUUUAUUAUUACAGUAUGUACUUUUUAUUUUGAUAUUUAUAAUAACUAAAUAUUUAUAUAAUAUAUAAGUAACUGUAAGUGUAUAAUGAGAUAAUUAAAUAUGUUUUAAAGUAAUAAA